AGUCGGAGAAUCCGCCCGCGUCCAGCUCUCCAUCAGCCGUGUCCUCAACUCCGGCCCAGACACCCCUGCACUAUCGACUGUAAAGACGUCCAAUUGCCGCUUGCCCACUUCCGCUCCUUUGGUCUCCUUCACAAUGCUCGACCGUCUCGUUGGCCUCGCCAUGCUCAUCGUAGCAACCGCCGUCUUCACUUACUACACCAUAUGGACUCUGUUGAUGCCCUUCGUCGAUGAGGACCACCCUCUCCAGUCGCUCUUUCCCCCUCGCGUCUGGGCCAUCCGCCUCCCCGUCAUCCUCAUUCUCCUCGCCAGCACCGUCGUAGGCAGCUUCCUAGCGAUGGUCAUGAUACGCAGCAACCGCAAGAAGGCGCUCAAGGCACAGAAGAAGAGUUCGUAGGCGGGUGGCGAAGGGCACGCUGAAACGCUGCUGAGAUGCUGGCCGAAAUGCUUAAGCAGACCCUCCUGAGCACAGUACAGACGUUGCUAUGUAGCUUCACAUAACGAGUUUGAGAAUUGAGGUUUCAU